AUGGCAAAUAUCGCUGGGACAGGAGUAGUGGCUUCUGCGCCUGAAGAUCUGCCGCCGCCUUACUCAGCUGUUGUGGGUAACCCACAAUAUGGCUUCGUAGCGCCUGGAGGUGAACCAUAUGCGGCUCCUGGCGGUGCUUACCCGCACCCGCAGGCGCAACCUAAGCAGUAUACAGCUCCGGGGGUUUACCCACAUCCUACAAUCACUGUGACGAACACUCAGCCGCAAGCAGGCGACAUGGGGCCGCCGCAGCCGCCCGGUCCCGUGCCUGUGGGCAUAGUGCUCCCGCCUGCAGUGGGCACUGAGCCCACCACUAUAACUUGUUUCAACUGUGGCAAAGUGGUCACUACAAGAGUUACAUACACAACAGCUUGGCAUACCCAUCUAGUGGCUGGAUCUGUGUGUGUUAUUACCAUGAUCUGCUCUCUCUGCUGUCUUGGACUCGUCCCAUACUGCUUUGAUACAUUCAAGGAUGCAGAGCACUACUGCCCCAAUUGCAAUACUUUUAUUGGUAAAAGUAGCAAGUGUUAA